AUUUAUUCAUCUCCUGAUUUAUUACCAUUUGUUUAAGUAUUUAUUUCGCUGAAUACUUAUUUACCUUAGGAUGAGAAAUUGGCAUCGAGUCUCCUCGACUUUUGCUUACGUGCGUGGAUUCCCGCGCGUUACACGAACUUUGAGGAUGAAAGAGAGGCUGCUAGGACCCAGGAUUACCGUCUCUAAUAAUUCAUCGACUAUCCAAGAUGGCGGAAGAUAUGAGAGAGCAAGUAGCCCAACUUUUAAAAGGAAUAGAUAGGUAAGAACAAUCAAAAACUGUCCAUUAAUUUUUUAGAAAAACAGUUAGGUGUCAAUUCCUUGACAUCCGCGUAGAGAUCUCAGUUUUUAAAACCGAUCUUGGAUGCCUGACAAUCUGUUUCUCUCUACCCACGUGUGAAUUCUAAACCCUAGGACUAUAGUUAAGUCAAGAAUACGAUACCAUUUUUCUUUACCAUGAUUGACUGCUUAGUUUGUUUGAUUGCUUCUGUCAGUAACUUGUCUUGCAAAGUGAAUUUUAAGGGUUACUGGAUGGGGAUCAGACAAAAUUUGGUGUCCUAAUAAUCCUAAAACCGCGACUCUUUGACCGGUAAAAGUGAACGUUUACUGAUUGAGGUUUUACGAAUUAAUACAUGAGAAUCAAAAAUUAUGGUAGCGUUGUUGAAAAAUACUUCUGGAGGAAGUGAAGAGGUCACUCUGAAGAAGAAACCUACUCUCUUACUGGAACAUAACUUGUAGACGAAUAUGUAUUUGAAUAGUAAAUAAUAUACUCGUUUGUUUUUCCCAGAUACAACCCUGAAAAUCUCACAAACCUGGAGGGCUAUGUUAAUUUUCAGGUGAUGAUUAUGGUCACAAACUUAUCAAAUUCUGACCACCAAACUUAAGUUUUAAAUUUACACGUGUUUUCAGGAAGUAAUUAAGUGUACAUGUACAUGUACAUGUAUCAAAUGUUGAUCCUAUAGCAUCAAAAACUUGCAGGUUGUAUUUUGCACAUUUGUGAUAUUUCAAGUCUAACAGAAAUAAGUUUACACAGUGUACAACCACCUCAGUUUCUGCCAGAAACAAACUAUGGUGAUUUUGUCUCUUAAUAUUCAAGCUGCAGAAGAUUAACAGGAAAUUUAAUUUGAUAAUUUCAUCUUUCAUCACCUUUUCAGUUUCAGCACACUGUAUUCAACUCCAAGAAGUAAACACAUGACAGUGGCUCCAAAUAAGAACUAACAGCCUGCAAUCAAACCCUUCCUUCUCUAUUGGACCUUUUUUUUCAACCCUUUCACUCCCACAUCCUUAUUAGUACAGUAAUCCUCCUUACUGUUUUCUAUACUGUUCUUAUUAUGCUAGUGUGGAGACUUUGGUAUUGGAACAACUUAUAAUCCUCUAUGUGAUAUUUUUCUUUGUCCUCAUGACUUGUCUGUUUGAUAUUGUAUCGACAUUGUAAGGAGAAAUUCUGUCUUAGCCACUUGUGGAAGUUAAAGGGUUAACCAGAGUAAACAUAUUUAUAUUUUUGAGGCACUUUAUAACAUGGGAUUUUUUUUAUAUACAAACUUAUCUUUGUAGAUUAAGGAAAGUACGAAAAGAUAAAAAAUAUAAGAUUCAACAAACUUUUCAUGUCAAACCAUAGUUAGGCACCUUUCAUAAUCAGAUUGAAUCCUUAUUUUUUAAAUUUUUUUUUUCUGAAACUCCCUAGAUAUAUUUACUUUCAUCUUGUAAGAUGGACACAAUUUUGCAUCUUAUCAACUCAUUGACAUGAUAACCAGCCUACACAUCUUGAGAAUUGCCUCAAGAUCAUAUUUUCCUUAAGUAAUAUGUGUUCUGGUUUGUUCAUUAGGUCUACAACAAUGCUUAUGAUUUGGAUGCAAAUUUGGCAGUUUUGAAGUUGUAAGUGUUAGUGUGCAGUUUCUUCUUGUAAGCUUGAGUCAUGUAACUAUUUAUUACAACUAUGCAAACAAUUGUGAUAUACAUAUUGUAUAUACUAUACAGGGUGACUUAAAUAUCACUUCCAAGAGUGAAGUACCAUUUAUGGAGCUGUUUCAGUGUACAUUUAAUGUUAAAUUAAGUGUAACAGAAGAGGAUUACUGUAAUUUUUAGAGAAAUUUUACAAACCAUGUAGCUUCUUUUGCUAGUUUACACAUACUCCACCGAUGAACUACUAGUAAAAGAAUCGAGAAUGCCAGUUGCUUUCUUGGGACUGCCCAUUUUGUCUGGCGAAAAAAAAGUGAGAAAAGAAUUCAUCCAUAGCCAACUUAAUCCCUUAUCAGUACUUAUGGGACAUUUUUAUCACCAACAACUAAAAAUUUCCCUGGUAAUAUUUGCAAUGAUUGAAGUGCAGAACAUGUUUGUUUUGAUAUCCUGAAAGCCAAAUUAAAGAAGUCCUGUAAUUACAAGUAGUUUUGUAAAUGUGUUUUACAGCUCUUUGGGCUUUGUUGGCCUUACUAUGAAUCCUUUGCUGACUUGGUUUGUUUGGUCAUCAUAGCAGGAUACAUGUUGGCUUCAUCCUUUUUUUUUUGUUUUGUUUUGUUUUUUUGUUUUUUUUUCAUAUCACAGCACUUAUAUCUCAGUUAAUAAUUGAUUGGUCAAUUUAGUGGGCUGUAUUUCACUGUACAACCUGCUAAAAUCAAAAGUUUGUUAACUUUGAAUCAACACCCCCCCCCCUUAAUUUGAACCUGGAGAUAAAAUAAAUAUCAUAUUAACCUUGUUUUCUCUGUGCUUAUUGUUAGUUAUGAACCUUGUUUUUUCUGCUUGGAGUUAUGCCUGUGCUUCAUGCUUGGGCAGUAAAUCCAAGCAGAAAAGACUUGGUUGGUUACUUACAGUAAGGACCUUAAACUCAGUAAGUGGUAUUUCAAAAAUGUUUUUAAUAAGAUGUUUGCAACAUUUCUUUUUUCCUUUUCAGGUACCAGUUCAACCCUGCAUAUCACCAAACAACAGUCACCAUGCAGAUUCUACUGAAGGCCCUCAUGAUGUUGCCAAAUGCUGACUUCAUUAUGUGCAGAUGUCUUAUUGAUGAUGCCAAUGUAUCUUUUGUUCUGUGAGGUUAUGUUUAACAACUGUAAUACUAUACAUGGAAAAAUUAUGCACUUCUGAUUGGCUGAAAACAAGGUUAUUCUUAUAUAACACGAGUACAAAGUUAUAACACAAGUGCAAAUUACAAAUAGUGCACACACACUUUCAAAAUUUCACCAGUCUUGACGUUCCUGGGGAUGAGGCUAUGCUCCUUUCUUUGAACCCCAAACUGUGUUUUGUUGUUUGCUUACAUAUUGUAAUCUCCUUUGAGAUUGUCCAGAAAGCAACAAACGUUUCAGACAUAUUUUAGGUGUUCAUGGUUUUCUGAGUUUGACAUUGAGACUCAAGACCGAAGUCAAUUAUGUGCAUGUCCCUCACCCUUCCCCUCCUGGGGACAAUUUUGUGCACCUUUUUAUAAGUCCAGCUUAUGUUUGUUCUGUCAACAAAGCAACGACUUUCCUGCAAAGUUUGAUGUUUAAAGUAGGAUAAUCACAACUGGUAGUUAUCAGCCUGUUAAAAUCUCCUUUUCAAGCCUGCGAUUUUCACCUAUCAAAACUGUGACCCUGCACCAGCUCCAUACUUUGUCAUUUGUCAAAUUGCUUAGCAACAAGCCUUUGUUGUAUUUGGGUACAUCACCUUAACUGUAUAACUUUAGCAACAAGAUCCAGCUAUAGCAAGAGUCAUUAAACUUGCAGAAUUACUGGAAACAUGUAACUUUUUGGAGGCUUGGGUGAGAGUUAGUGAAUACUACUGUUGUGUGGUUAUGUGGAAAAUUAUUCUGACACUUGGUAAAAUGUUACGUACAGUUAUAAAUUGGAAGCAAUAGCUGAAUUAUUCAAGGUUCUUAGUAACGUAGGGAGUUAGAACGUAGAGACAACUUUAUUUUGAAUAAUAAAGGCAAAGCCAUUAUGAGGGGGCUGACCUGGAUGCACUUUCCUUCAGAAAAUGUUCGGAAAUUUAGUGGCUUUGAAUCCAAUUUUAUAUUUUUUUGCAUGCAAAGUAGUGUAGUAUUGGUUGGCAAGGUGAAAAAGUACUAGCUUGAGAGCAGAAGAGAGCUUAAAUAGUGAGAAAGUUUAAAGCAAAUUUUAUUGUUGAAUAAGUGUGUAAGUUUUUUGUAAGAGCUUUUUUCCUACUUUUCUCUUUAACACUUGCGUGUGUAUUUCUUCUCAACUUACACACAUUUUUGCAAUGAUACAAAAAUUUCAGGUUUCAUAGCUAGUAAAUGGCAAUUAAUGGGAAACCUCAUUAUUACUGAAUGGAUUCAAUAAGAGUUGUUAUUGGGAAUCAACCAGCAAUAUGACUAAUUUUAUUUUCAGAAAUAUCUAAAUGAGGACAGUUCCCUUGUGGAUGGAAUUGUUGGUUUUCAUGAUGCCAUUAGGAAGUGUGAGUUGUACAAUAAUAUUUUCUUAUCACAGAUAAGGAAUUAAAAAUAAAAGCUAAGUUUUUCCAUUUGUCUCAUGAUGUAGUCAUGUGUGAUCUUAUAAGCAUGAUACUCUGCUGUGAUAAGUUGUUUUUUAAUAGCUCUGAAUUUAAGGUGGGUGGCAAGGAAUUUUAGGUGGCUGGCAAGCUUAGGAUCCCAUAAUUUUAUGGGUCUGCCACUCAACACAUUAGUCUUACACCUGUGAAACAAUUCCUGACCAAUGAAAGAUAUCAUGCUAUCACACCUCAACUGACAAAUUUUCAUCAAGGAGAAGUACGCUCCAGACACCAUUUAAUUUUUAUCUCUUUCAUUAAAGAGUACAUGUGGUCUUUAGUUAAGAAUAACCUACAGUGUUAUCAUGGUUUGGGAUUCUUUAGAUCAACUUGAAGUUAACUGUUUGAAAAUUGUCCUCAAAUAUACUUGAAAAUAUGGUUAUAAAUGCUGCCAUUUAUGUACAGUUCACAGACAGUCUCUACCCUGGUUAUGGCAAAAAGUCAGUACUUGAGCAAAAAAUGCCAUUGUAUGUUACUCAUUGUUCUUGAGACAGAUAUCAAAUAAAAUUAUUGAUGACAAUGAAAUUAAGAUUAUUAGUUAUUUUGGUUUGGAAAUUUUCAUUCGAUCUACAUGUAUAGCUCACAUCAAGUUUGAUGUAAAUUUGAUACAGAUGCAAGUUACGUCAUAGGCAUAACAUACCAGACCAUUGAUAAAACCCACAUAUCAGAACUUCUUGGAGGUCUUCAAGGUUGGUUUGCUUUAAUUAUUUUUUUUCUGAAAAUAAAGGAUCCAGUCCUGUGAAAGUCCGUGAAAAGGCUGUGUGAACCCUCAACACCUUAACAUCACUAUGCGUAUUCUCCUUACUGUUCCCUAUACAUUUUCUAUGGCACUGACAAGGAGAAUUUGAACACUUAAGAGCUUCUCUAGUGGGUGAUCAUAUUUCUUAUUCUCAUGGCCUUAAUGUUUGAUUCAACAGUGGUUCUGUAUGGAGAAUAAGAAAGCCAAUCACCCAUGAGGGUAAAGGAUGAAUCACAUUUUCAUAAUGUUUGUGUUUGGCUCCUCCUUGAAUUACUGGUAGCUGUUUCGCUAAAUAUAAUAAAAACUUCCUGACCAAUCACUUUUUGCUUACACACACCACACUUCUUCUCUCAGCUUAUCUGGGUUUCUGUAGAGCGAAGUAAGAACAGUAGUCUUUGUUGUAAUCUUCCUUGCCUAACCUACAAUAAAACUGAAAAUAGUACAGCCUGCUCAGAAUAACCAGCGAAGCUAGGCAGCCAUGCAGAGCCAGACGGGCUAGUGGAGUCAGGGGGGUGCAGAGUCAAUCAGCUGUAAGAAGUUACAGCAUUAGGAGUAUGGCAUCUUUUCUUACAUGAGAUGCUAGUCUUCACAGGUUAGCGAACCCAAAUAAAGUCAAAGUGAGACCACAUUCAUGUACAUUUUCUUCUGAUUUCCAGGAGAAGAGCUAGAUGAGUGGAUAAAAGUUCAGAACUGGACAAUCAAGGAAGAUGGUAAAGUCUUUGUUAGCAACCAAGAGGCGCAUAUCAAGUCUAAAAACAUUGCAGAGAAAAUCGACUUAGACAGUGAGUUGUGGUGA